AUGACGUUGAUGAUCGAUGACCUCGUGUUUGACGUCUUCCUCAAGAUAGUUGGCUAUCUGGAGGUUGACGAUGUCAUCCGUCUACGUCAGGCGCGUACACUUUCAACACGCCUUAAGAGUAUGACGAGCGAACGCGCCGUCUGGGAUUCCCUUUAUCGGACCUCUACGAGCCUUCAGAGACCCCCUGGCCCCCACCCAUCACAGACGCGCCAGAAUCUUGAACAUAUCCUCAUUCGGUCCCACGCUGUGCGCCGAAACAUGAUACAACGCUCUGAACCUACGCGGUGCCGUGUACUUGAAGUAUCUGGGACUGAAACACUACUUCUCGCGGACAGGUGGGCUGUCACGCGCUCGGCGGAGACCAUCAUCUGCUGUAAUCUUAACGCGAGCGACCUAGAGGAGCCGUACGAGACCGUGGUGUGGGAGGCAGAUGUGAAGGAGGGAUGCGUGUUCUCGUCGAUGGACUGUUCGGACGUCACGUCUUACGACGGUGUGAAGUAUGCUUUUAUUACGCUUGAGCAGCGCGCUAGGAUGCCGCCCCCAAGUCAUCCCUUCAGUAUAGGGUCUGUUGAAUUGAUAGUGUUCCGAGUGGACAUGGAAGAUCUGGGCAAGCGCAUCAAAGCCGAGGAGAUUUACCGAAGCUCUUGUCUCCUAGAAGGCUCGAGCUCCGCUGUAUUCUCGACAUUAAGUCCAGGUGCACUCUUGGUACAUUGGUCAAACACGAACGACAGAUCAUUCGUAUGGCGGCUCGGAACCCUUGAUAGAUAUGUAAAUCCUACAGUCAUCCCGAACCAUAACCUCACAGAAACCGAAGAAGAGAAGCGAUGGGCGCCUUACCAAGUCCUCUCCCGCACGCACCUCUUCGUUGUUCGGCCUUAUAUGGACAACUCCAAUGAUGAUGCCCCGAGGACCCGAACACGGCUUAGCGCGCUUCCCCUCGCUACUGUCCAUGCAGGCACCCCCCACGUAUGCGCUUCAGGCGUGAUCGAUCGGUGCUACAUGAGGGACGUCUCCAUUCUGCGAGACUCGGUCGCCGAUCUGACCACCGGUGAAACCGAGGUUGUGCUCAUCGGCCUUAGGAUCUUCGUCGCAACAGGAAGUACGGAACACCAGGACAUGCUCAUCAUUGCAAGAUUGAUCAUACCACCGUGCCAUAACCACCAGUCAGGGGAUGAAUCGGAGCUAACAUUGGAUGGCGCAGAAGAACUCAAAAUCCACAUGCAGACAGUGGUACAUUUCCCAUUCUCUGCAGACUGCAUCCUCGUCCAGCCGUCGUGGAUGGGCUGUAGCAUGUUCACCUUCGCCAUCGAGAAGACGCAGGGCGCUCGGAUCGGGGCGGUCCAGGUGGUGUACGACGACGAGACGCAGGAAGCGACGGCGAUCUGCACGUCGAACGUUGACUGUAUGGGCGUAGUGCAGGACGAUUUUGCUCAUAGGCAGGCGAAGCUGUUGUCGUCUGAGAACGAGAUCUGGUCGGGUAGGAUAUGCUAUGAAUAUAACAUUGGACCGGGGGAGGAGACGGAUGAUGGGACUGUCAGUGUCCCGAAGAUGCUUUGCGUUCUGGACUUCGCUUGAGAUGCUCGUAAUGGAUUACAUUCUUCGCACUUUUAUUAGAGCCUGUGUCCACGAUUUGCUCUAUACAGUACUAGCAACGCGCUACAGAUU